AUGCCCUCACAUAUUGGCCCAGUGCUAGGGCGCAGUUCUUACAUUGAUGACAUUGCUCAUGGUGCGAAAACAUGGGAUCAGCUUUGUGAGGAUCUGGAUACUUUGCUCUAUCGCCUACGUUACUGGAAUAUAUCGGUGAGUUUACCAAAGAGGGAGUUUGGAAAACGAUCAAUCCCCUAUCUGUCACACGAAAUUAGUGCGGAAGUAACCCGAGCGACCCCAAAGGUUGCGAAGGGUGUUAUGGAUCUACCGUUCCCCAAAUCUCACAAAGGUGUGCUAUCGUUUCUUGGAAGUCUGAACUACUACCAUAAGUUCGUUGAAGACUUUCCGGUAGUGGCAGCAGUCGUCUAUGAACUUUCAGAAGACCAGAUACGUCAGGGACGAGACCUCUCUCGAGCUCAUGAAUCAUUCGAACUGCUUAAAAGGAAAAUCGUUGCAACGCCAAUGUUGAGACAUCCGGACAUCCAAAAACCAUUUGUGAUCAUUCCGCACGCGAACCGUUGGGCUGCUUGUGGAGUCGUAGGACAAGAACACGGCGGAAAGAUACAACCCGUUCGGUACACGGGGCGCGUCCUGAAUGAUGCUGAACUCCGGUAUCACAUUGCCGAGAAGGAAGUGAUAACCAUCCUGAGGGCGUUACAGGUUUUUCGGACUAUUCUGGAAGGCCGACGACGGAUCAUCUACACAAGAUAUCCUGUUCUGAAAUGGAUGAUACAGUCUAAUUCGGCAGAUGGGAGGUGUGUUCCUUGGGGAGUCACGCUCUCACAUUGA